CAUUAUUGAUUGAUUUCUGACGUCUCAUUCGGGGCGAAGUCAGGUUCAAUUGUUAGGAGAAAAGGCACAAAAACGCUAUUCAUCCUCAAGGAAAACCAACCAAAGUGAUAGAAGGCAAGCCGGCUUGAGCAUCACGUGCCUGAACGUUGUUCCUGUGGUAUGUAAACACACCCUAGAUCAACAUGUGAAUAUCAUCUAUUAGAGAGUGUGAACGCUAACCUGCCUUGGGCGGUAAAGAGAAAUAAGCUUCUGUAGCCAGAGGAGUGAGGAUUACCCCAGCUUGUAUUGGGAAGACGGAAACAAACGGAAUAGAGUGAUUUGUUGAGGGUAUUUUUGACGUAUCCUCUUUUUACCCCCCCCCCAUCUCACGUACUCUCCUAUCUCGUCUCUCCAUGCCAAUUUAUAUCACUCUCAAAGAAUAAAGCUGGAGUUAGAAUCUGAGCAACCUUGUUGGAUUGAUUGGCGAAGCUUGAUUUAACUCACUGCCUCACUCUUACUCUCCAUCAAAUGCCUCCCUGAAACGCUCCUCUAUUUAUGCAUUCUCCGAGAAACCAGCAGUUACCAUAGCAACCAUUGAGGUAGAAGGGACAGCGGAGCUGCACAGCUGACGUAUGCAUCCUCGCUCUUCAGCCAUUUUUUUGUUGUUCUCCUCUUUUUCAUCUCUGGGUGUUCGGUUGGAGGCUACCCAGUGUAAUGCAAUUGGAUGAUCUCGAGUGUGAGAUAGCGAGGAGCGAUUUGGGCGAACACUGUCACACCGGUAUAGAGGAUUCUCAGGUCACUCUUCGUACAGAGCUAGUGAGAGAGAGAGAGAAAGAGAGAGAGGAGGGAGUGAGGAGGCGGCGGCUCAGAAUCUGAUUUUCAUUUGAGGGCAUCACGCCGAGCUGGGCAGGCAGACUCUAACAUUUGGAUGCAAAAAGACAACAGGGAUUAGAAUACUGGAAUGUAACGACGACGACGGCAUCGGCCUGCCCAGAGUAACUUCCUACACCUUGUGUAUAUAGACUACAAGAAAUUUAAUUUGAAAACAUCUGCCAGUGUGUGUUUUUUUGUGUACAUUUUUCAUCAAAAGCAGGAGAGAAAAUGAUGUAAACAUUCCUGCUUUGCGCCCAAGGGAAUGAAAAGAGGAGUAAUUAAUUUGAAACAAGAUUACUUUUUGCCGUGAAGUGACAUAAAAUGAAACCAUGGUGCUAAGAACUAAAGGACGGAGUAAUUAGACGAGCAACGUGUAUUCUUCCAUUGAAGUAAAUCAACAGGCAGGGGACUAGUAAUUGAGUAUCCAUUUGUAGCUGAAAGUACUCGCUUGAUAAGCCACCUGUGAAGAUAAGUCGUUUUGGUCUCAGCUUUACCGACAGUGCUCAGACCAUCUUUUAUUUUUCUGAUCGAUGAAUGUGAGAUAAGAAACUCAAGAUGUCUUCAGUGAAAGUAGCCGUCCGGGUGCGUCCCUUUAACAGCCGAGAAGUGGCGCGGGAUGCUGCCUGCAUCAUCGCUAUGUCAGGUGCAACAACAACAAUAACAAAUCCGAAAGCCCCAGCAAAAGAACAACCAAAGAGUUUCAAUUUUGACCAUUCCUACUGGUCAACAACUUCGCCUGAAGACCCUAGAUAUGCAUCCCAGAGAAGAGUUUAUGAAGACCUUGGCCAAGAAAUGCUUCAACAUGCAUUUGAAGGGUACAAUGUAUGUAUAUUUGCGUACGGUCAGACCGGAGCAGGCAAGUCUUAUACCAUGAUGGGGAAACAAGAGCCAAGCCAACAGGGUAUUAUACCACAGCUUUGCCAAGAGCUGUUUGACCGUAUCAACUGUAACUCUGACUCCAGUUUGCAGUACUCAGUAGAGGUUAGUUACAUGGAGAUCUAUUGUGAGAGGGUACGUGACCUCCUCAAUCCUAAGAACCAGAAGAACCUAAGGGUCAGGGAACAUCCCCUUCUUGGUCCCUAUGUAGAGGACCUCUCCAAGUUAGCCGUCACUUCGUUCAGCGAUAUAUCAGAUCUGAUGGACGAGGGAAAUAAAGCAAGAACUGUAGCUUCCACUAACAUGAACGAGACAAGCAGUAGAUCACACGCAGUCUUCACCAUCGUCUUCACCCAGAAGAGACACGAUGCAGAGACUAACAUGUGCACGGAGAAGGUUAGCAAGGUCAGUCUGGUUGACCUGGCAGGAAGUGAAAGAGCAGACUCAACAGGGGCUAAAGGUGUCAGGUUAAAGGAAGGAGCAAACAUCAACAAAUCUCUGACCACCUUGGGAAAAGUUAUUUCAGCAUUAGCAGAACUUUCUUCACAAUCAGGGAAACCAAGAAACAUAAAAAAUUCAAGUAUGCCCAUUGACAAGGCAAGUAAAAAGAAGAAGAAGACUGAUUUCAUUCCAUACCGUGAUUCCGUUCUAACAUGGCUACUCCGAGAGAACCUAGGAGGUAAUUCAAAGACUGCCAUGAUUGCAGCUCUAAGUCCAGCUGAUAUCAACUAUGAUGAAACACUCAGUACACUCAGAUAUGCAGACAGAGCCAAGAACAUCGUCUGCAAGGCUAUCGUCAAUGAGGAUCCCAACGCCCGUCUCAUCCGCGAACUCAAAGAAGAGGUCAAUCGGUUAAAGGUCAUCUUGAAGACAGAGGGCAUCGACGUCGACCUCAACAAUAUCAACAACUUUGUGAGCAACGUGAAUGCUGCCCCCACACCAAACCUUUCCAUGCCCAAGAAGAUCCAGUUACCUGUCAAAGAAGAUGCUAUUGAUAGAAUAAAGGAAUCUGAGAAGUUGAUAGCAGAAUUGAAUGAAACAUGGGAAGAAAAACUAAAGAAGACAGAAGCCAUCAGGUUACAGAGAGAGGAGAUGUUAGCUGAGAUGGGUGUUGUUGUGAGAGAAGAUGGACUUACUGUUGGAGUAUUCUCUCCUAAACAGACCCCUCAUCUUGUAAAUCUGAAUGAAGAUCCUUUGAUGUCAGAGUGUCUACUGUAUCACCUUAAACCGGGAAUAACAAGGGUGGGUUUAUCUGAUGCCAACGUAACCCAAGACAUCCAGCUCAGUGGUUCAUAUAUCAACGAGGAACAUUGUAUCUUUGAAAACAAGGACAGUCAAGUCACAUUAAAACCUUUUGAUGGCUGUAUGUGCUACAUCAACGGCUCCAAGAUCACAGAACCUACUCAAAUCUUAAGUGGUUACCGCAUCAUUCUCGGGAAGCACCAUGUGUUCCGCUUCACCAAUCCAGAACAGAUCAGACAACAGAGGGAGCUCUCAUCUUCCGUCCAAGGGCAGGUCCAUGAAGGGGUCCAGGAUACGAGAGGGCAAGGCGAUGGCGGUGAUACGGAAGACAAGCCUGAUCAGCAGGACAGCAGAGAUUGGUCCUUUGCGCAGAAGGAACUGCUUCAGCAUCAGGGCAUUGACAUCAAAGAAGAGAUGGAGAGAAGAUUGCUUGCCAUGGAGAUGCAGUACAAGAAAGAGAAGGAAGAAGCAGACCAACUUUUAGAGCAACAAAGACUGGAUUAUGAGAGCAAACUGCAGGCCCUACAGAAGCAGAUGGAGACCCAGAGCCUCCUCUCCGGCAGCGUGUCGGGCGACCUCAGCUGCGAAGACGACGAUGACGACGGCCUGGAGAGUCAAUGGACUGCCAGGGAAUACCAGAUUGCCAUGUGGGUUUGGAGAAAAUGGAGAUUUUACAGGUUUACUUCAAUCCGGGAUGAUCUAUGGGGCAAUGCUAUACUACUCAAAGAGGCCAAUGCUAUCAGUGUGGAACUCAAGAAGAAGGUUGAGUUCCAAUUUGUCCUCCUGUCCGACACCCUCUACUCGCCCCUCCCGACCGAGCUGGUCCCAAGCAGCGAUAGCGCAGAGGUCACAGAGAGACCGUUCCCACGGACGGUGGUAGCCGUCGAGGUUCAGGACAAGAAGAACGGGGCAACACACUACUGGACCCUAGAAAAACUACAGAAGCGACUGGAAUUGAUGAGAGAGAUGUACGACAAUGCUGCUGAUGCCACACCUACAAGUCCAGAUGGUAACAUGGGCUUUGAAAACAGCGGCACAUGCAGGGAUCCAUUCUACGAUCGGUUCCCAUGGUUUCGUCUCGUUGGAAGGUCCUUUGUGUACAUGAGCAACUUGCUCUACCCCGUUCCUCUGGUUCAUCGGGUUGCCAUCGUUAACGAGAAGGGGGAUGUCAAAGGUUAUCUACGCAUCGCUGUCCAGCACGUCCUACCGGACGAUGAAACACCGGACUAUGGCUCAGGGGUCAGACAAUCCGGCAUGGCCAAGAUACAGUUCAAUGAUGAUGAAUACUUUAACAAGAAGCUGAAAAGAACUCCUUCCGGUAUCAACAAGGCAAUCUGUCGUCCCAGCAUGUCAGAGGAGAAUGUGCGUAUUGUGGAAGGACACAGAGAAAACUCUGACAUGGACUUGGAGGAGAAAUGUCACGACGUUGAAGCGAUGAGCACCACCGAAUCAAUGACAUCCCUCUCGACACUCGAUGCAUGUGAUGCUGACCAUCUGAAGGUUGGGUCAAACUUUACCUUCCGGGUCACGGUGCUACAGGCCUCUGGGAUAUCAACGGAAUACUCGGACAUCUUCUGCCAGUUCAACUUGCUACAUGGUCAAGGGGCGUUUGUUACUCAAUCGGUUGAAAAUCACAGUCACUAUUCUGGCCAGUCUGGUAUGCCCCUCGGCUUUUACUUUGUACAAGAUAUAUCAACCACCGUCACCAGGGCAUUCAUUGACUACCUGAGGACAUCACCCAUCGUGUUUGAAGUCUUUGGUCAUUACCAAGCCCAUCCUUUACACACCCAGAGUCAGACCACCACCAGGUUGAGACCUCUCAAAAGGAGUUUCCCAUGCACUCUUCCUAUGGCCACACCAGUUCCAUCUCCAAGGAUGGGUUUGAUCAGUACACCAGCCAGCACCAGUCAUCUCCAUUCCAAACAUGACCUUCUAGUUUAUUUUGACAUCUGUGAGCUUGCACCGUCUGGAGAGUAUUUAUCAUCAUAUGUAGACCAUACUGAGGACAUGCCUUGUAGCGGAGUGUUCCUCCUUCAUCAAGGUAUCCAGAGAAGAAUUGCUAUCACCAUCAUCCAUGAAUCUACAGAGGAACUCUUAUGGAAAGAUGUUAGAGAACUUGUAGUAGGUCGUAUUCGUACAACUUUAGAAGUGACCGAACCCGACGAUGAGAUGACGGUCCUAUCAUUAAACCUUCUACCAGUCAGCCAUACAACACUACCUGGGGAUGACAGAACCUGUUUCCGUUUUGAAGCAGCGUGGGAUAGCUCUCUUCAUAAUUCUGUUCUUCUGAACCGAGUCACCCCCUAUGGUGAGAUGGUCUAUCUCACACUAUCAGCAUACCUAGAGUUGGAUAACUGCGCUCAAUCGGCUUGUAUCACCAAGGAUAUAUGUCUUCAGAUGUAUGAGAGAGAUGCUCGAAUCAGCCCAUCUCGCUCUCUCCGUAGCCUCUUUGGUAGCAGUUACUACAAACCAUCCGACAGCAACAGUGUCACAGGAGUGUACGAGAUUUCCCUCCUGAGGUCUGCAGAGGCUCUAAGUCCAGACAUGUGGCAGUGGAUAGCGUGGGGGAGAAACGGCAAGUCAUUCAGUCAAUAUGAUCUGCGGGAUUUAUUGGAGUCCACCUCCCCUCACCACAUGACUUUGUCCCCACCUCUCUUAAGUGGGACCCAACGGAGGAUGAGAAAGGUGAUUGAUACGUCAGGGACCUACGUCCGCGGGGAAGAGAACCUGAAAGGUUGGAGACCUAGAGCCGACUCUCUCAUCCUAGACCAUCAGUGGGAGCUGGAGAAACUGAACAGAUUAGAAGAAGUUGAGAAGGCUCGUCACUCUCUCCUUCUCCAUGAGAAGAUCGCCCAGGAGCAGUACAACACUCGCAGUCUCUCCAUGGAAUCCUCUGUCACCGGGGACAACGUCACAGCAUCCAACAUGACGCAGUCCGACACCCUCUCCUCCAUGGAUAGCGCUGUCUCCGCGGACGACGGGGCAGGGGGCGUGGCUAGCGGCGACUCUGUGAAAGGACAGGAGCUCAUCGCUAAGUGCCUCAAGCUACUGACGCAGAGCCAGCUACCCUUGCGUAGCCCACCGGCUGUUAAGCAAUCUGCCGACAUCCCACCAGUCACACUCCAAGUAACCGGUGCAGACUCCCCACCUCAGAUCGAGACCCCCACCCCCCGCAGCCCCUCCAAAUGCAACGUCAACGAGCAGAACAAGUCACUAGCCUCCUCUCUCCCGGACCUCCGCUGUCUCUCCCCGACCACGGGACGCAAGAUACCCAUCCCGACCGAACUGCCGGGUAUCCAGAGUUCCGCCGAUGACUGCACCUCACCUGUGGGGGCAGGAUGCGGGGAUGGCUUUGCAAAGAAGGGGCGAGGUGGACUCCGCCCACUUUACGUGCCGGAGGUGGAGGAGAUCAGAGUUAGCUCUGGCUUAAGUCCCGUGGUGUCUCGUCGAGGAUACCUUAACUUCCUGGAGGAAAAGACCGCCGGCUGGGUGACGCGGUACGUGGUGGUGCGCCGACCUUACGUCUACAUCUACAACAACGAGAAGGAUCCAGUGGAACGGGGCCUGAUCAACCUAGCGACGGCAAGGGUGGAAUACAGCGAAGACCAACAGGCCAUGCUUAGGGCAAGGCUUCUCAGCAUUGUCACACCAAACACCUUCUCUGUGUGUACCAAGUAUAGAGGUUUUCUUCUCCAGACGUUGGGUGAUAAGGAUGUAUUUGACUGGCUUUAUGCCUUCAAUCCUUUACUUGCCGGAUCUAUCAGAUCAAAGCUUGCUCGGCGAUCAGGAGUGGGUGCAACACAGCUACCAGUUUAAUUAUAUCAUCCAUCGUUCUUUUGAUCCUAAAUUUAAGUCAUCGUCAUCAACAUCUUCGAAAUCUUUAAGAGAAAGAACUUGGAAUAAACACUAAGUAUUUAAGCAUGUGUACUUACAUGUAAGAGGCCAGCGCAAGGAAAUCAUCUGUCGUCCUUCUGACUCUAGUUUCAAAUAUCGUUAUCAUCAUCGUUGUCAUCAUCACCACCACCAUCAUCACGAAGAAGAACUUGGAAGAAACCUACAUAUACGUGUUUCAGUUGAUUGCUGUACGCCCAGUUUUAUUGAACACCUUCAGUAAACACUUAAUAACGUGUGAUGUACUGCUCUUCAAAUCACACAGCAAAAUGUGAAAAGAAAGAGUUUAAAGAAACAUAAUCUGCCAUUUUCCAUUGCCACUGAUUAAUAAACUGUAAAGAAAAUAAAUAUGAUCACCUAAUCCUUUACUGGUGAAUUGACAGUGUGAUGGAACUUAUGAAAUUACAUGUAUAUUGGCAAAGAUGUCAUUUCUUGAUAUUAUUGAUUAAUCCAUAUUUAAUGUAAGUACAUAAACUUUCAGAAAGAUUCAGUGACGAAUUGGAAAUAGUCAUCUAAUUGAUGGAAAUACCACUUCAGCUGAAACAACAACAAUGACAGAGUCAUAUUGAUGUUGCCAAUUUGAGAAAUACAAACUGAUUUAAUAAAGCUCAAUUUAAAUAAUCAUUGUCACAAAUUUUUCGGGACAAAUGAAAAUAAUGUAACAGGAUUCGCCUCAUUUAUAACAUGUUGGAUACCGAAUGAAUCUGCUGCAACACAUGUUUCCCAUAGACUUCAGAAUGCAUAUAAUUAUGUGGGCUGUCUCCAACGGAUAGAUAUGCUCAAGGGUUACUUUUAGAAGAUCUGAUCUGCAUUGCUUUCAUGAAAGGUUGCACAUCGAAAACUAUUACAAAGACCUCAAAAGAUUCAAGAAAUUAUCUUUAUGAAUGUAUUGUCUUGAUGUGCAAGAUGGUUUGUCUGAAUAGAAAAUGUAUUUCAUUAAAUUUUAAUGUGUUAAUUUCAGACCAAGGCAUUCUUUUCAUAACUAUACGUGUUCCACCAAAUUGGACUUUUUUAUCGUACAGUAUCUCCAAAGGGCCUUUUGUUGCCCUUCCAAACGGCCAGUACGACAUUCACAUAACAUUAACUUAUUAUUUUCAAGUUAAAUCAACACCUUCCUAACACCAGUUUGAAACAGUAUGUAAUAUCUUACACCAUGUUGUAUACACCUUGCAGCCCAAAUUGGGUCUGUACUGUAAAUAUAAAAACAAGACGAUGGGGAAAUGCAAUAUAACGGUGUUAUAGGAGAGCUCUAUCAGCAACAAAAUUGUAAAAAGAAUGUAAAUGUCAUAAAAAAUUACAAAAGAUUGGAUGCCAUUAAACCAGCUAUUUUGCCAUGUAAAUAGACACAAAUUAUUUAACCUAACGUGUAUGCUAUGUGUGCUGCUAAUGCAAGUGUCAAACGGUGUGUGCUCAGUGUUAUAUGUGUGUAUUAAGAUAGGACUGUGGCUGUUGGAAAUCUAGGGGAAUAUAGUGUAGACCAUACACACCAAAAAAGAAACAAUUUAAGCUCUGUAACAAAUUCAGGGGUGUCUUUUUUCAUUUUAUUUUUCUACUUUGCCACCACCAUCAUUUUCUCCCACCAUUACACUAUCUAUAUAUGUGUUAUUCUAUCUUUUACAAAGUUUAUUGUGUUAACUCUUUUCAUUACAUUCAUAUCUUAUAUCUUUUAUUACCCAGAUUAAUAUCUUUAUGUAUACGUAGGUUUGCUACUUAAUGGUUAAAAAGUAAGAUAUUGAUUAAAAGCACCCAAAGAAAACAUGGAUACAUUUUAGGGAGCAUAGACAUGUUGGGGGCGGGGUCCCUCCAGUCUUUAGGAUAUAUUAUGUUUCAUGAAAUCUAUAAAAGAGGAGGUUUAUAGCUUAUAAAAAAGUAUACAGAAAUUAUAAAUCUUUCUGCUGCUUCAAGUACCCUCUCAUGUUUGAAAUUCUUAAUUGAUGUAGUUGCUGAUUGACUUCUUACUGCAGUUCAGUUUCCUCAUUUAAAAGAAACAAUUUUCUUGUUACAGCAAAUUAAACUGUUAGUCUUAAUCAACUUUUCCAGUAUUUCACCAAAAUUUUCUGUUGAUAUACUGUACAUCAUAUAUCAAUCAUGGUAUAUAUGACUUUUUUUAAAAAAAGGGGGGUUUGCCAAUGUAAUGGUAAUACCAUAGGUGAUUAUGAUUUUGUAUUGAAACCUCUUGAUAUUUUCAUUUCAAAAUCUUAGCAAUGUAUCCAACCAAAACAAAGUCGAGGAUUUUAGUUUGAAUUAAUGUAAUAUCUGUUUAUUUCAGAAAUUAUGAAAUAAUUAAAUGAUUAUGUUUAAGAAUUCAAUUCAAUCCUUUAGAUGACCAGUUUUUGUCCUAAAUUGAAAUUUGUAUCUGUACUUGUCCAUGUACAUCCCAACAGCCAUGGUGAGUAGUUCAGAUUUAUUUUGUAGUAGAGUCAGUGUUCACACAUGCAUGUAGGAUAAAAACUGAAAUUUUAUGGAUGCUAUUAUUAGCAUCAUGUAAAUAUGACAAAUAUAUAAAUAUAUUAUCAUCUGUAGACUUUGUAUGAUAUUAUUUAAUGUCGGAUAAAUUUAAGGAAGAACUUUAAUUGAUAUGUAUAUUUAUUCCAAAUGCACUAUGUAUAUUCAGCUCUGUUUAUGCAGGGAAUGGGGAAGUACGUCGUAGAAAUAACCUGAAUGUAUGCAUUUUUUUUUCUCGAGGACAGUGAUCAUUUCCAGGCUAGCAUACAUUAACUUAUACCCAUACAAAGCUACCUAUGGUAUUUUGAAACUAGGGUAAACGUAGAUGACUAAAAAAAUUGCAAUCAUCUGACAAAGUGACUGACAACGAAAUCAAAUCAGCUGCAUUUUGAAAAUAUAUAGAUUUAGUAUUAUUUGAAAGAUUAUUCUGAAAACACCAGUGAAUGUAUCAUUGUAUUGAUCUAUGUCAUUUUACAUUCUUGUUAUUCUAUAUUCUUAUUUGAUGCUUUGAGUUUUGACAAGUUUUCAAUUUGUCCAAUUUGGAAGGCCGACCUCUUGGGCAGGUUUCACAAAAGUUGUGAUAAAAUCAAAUUUGUUAUAAUGGUUUAAAGCUACUGAAAUGAUUCAUUCUGAUUGGCUGAUGGUAAAUUUGUUCCAGAUAGUGUGCAUUGGUUGUUAUAACAAGUCUUUGUGAAACGGGGUCCUGGUUUUGUAAAGAUGAGAACAUCCAUUAUCAAAGGCAUAGGAUGAAGUCUAGUCAAGAUUUUUAAACAAAUUAUCUGUCUUUCUUUUUCAUAUAAAUGAGUUUUAUUAUUUUCUGUAGUGAUGUGGUAGCAUGCAUUGUCUGGCAUUAAAUGGUUAGAUACCAAACCAAACUCAAAUAAAAAUAUUCAUUUGAUGAUGCACUGUAUUAUUGAUGGAAAAAUAUGGUUUAUCAGAUAUUUUUCAAAGUAAAACAGUUUACCAACAAAUCUUAAAAUAUAAGACCAAAUAACCAGUAGAAGUAACAUAAAGGUAAUGUAUUUUAUGAUUAUUAGGGAAGUAAAUUUAGCAUUGCUUUUUUUUUACUUUGUAUUAUGUUUUCUACCAUUAUUUAGUGAAUUUUGUCACUAUGAAUUUCUAUAGCAAGUAAGGGUUUGGAAAAUGGUGCUUUUUACUGCAUUACAAUUUCAAUUUUUCGGCUAAAUACAUGGAUGUCAUUUAACACAAAUAUUAUGCUUUGCUUUUCUAUCAGUGCAAUCUAAAACAAAAUUGUUUUGUAAAUUGAAUCUUUACUGCAUUUCAAAGUUAUAAUGAAAGAAGCAUAAUGAAUAUAUUUUGAAAAUUGUGCAAUAUGAUAUUUGUGUUAAGAGUAUGUAAUGAAGUUUUUGUUUUGUAUGUUUGUUUUUGUUGGUAUUUUUUAAAGUUCUUUCACAAGAGUUUGGAUUGAUAUAUCUUUUUCAGUAAUAGUAGUGCAUUACUAGAAUGGUAGUAUACAUUCUCAGAUGAGAAUUCAUAUAACCAUUGAUGUAUGUGGGGAUCACCAUAGAUGGUGUGAAAAGUAAUUCAUAAAACAAGUUUCCAUCCAAAUAGUUUCAAAGUGAUGGACGUUUAAAAGGUGUCUAUAUUUAUCUUAGAAUCAAUUUUCAAAUGGGCAAUUUUGCAUAAAAAAGGGUGAUUCUGUCAAAAAAGCGUGAUUCAGUCUGAAGACAUGGGAAAAUGUGUUUGAUACAACUCGCAUACAGAUCAUUUAGAAAUAAGCUUCUUUUUUUAAAGCAAUGUUUCCAAAUUUAGGAUCAUCAUAGAAAAGAAUCACCUAUGUUGAAACUCUCUAUGAAUUAGUCAUUCCUUUUCAUGAAAGAUUUAUUUUCCUUUUUUUUAAGUUGCAGGUUUUUCGUACCUGCCACUCUUUUCCUAACCUCUCUCACUCUCCCCUGUAUUCUAAUUUAAUCAGAGUAUAAAUUUAGUUAUAUUUUGAUUUUUCUGGACGAGAUAAUACUGAAUACCUAUUGGGAAACUAGGAUCAGUUUUUCUUGUUCAAGUCUUCAUCAAAUUAUGUUUAAAAAAAGUGUGGAUAAUUAUGAAGCAAGGAACGUCAAUAACUUUCUGCAAUGCUUGUGAUGCACAUAGUCAUAGAAUAUUUAUGUUACAUGAAAAUGAAUUUAGCAUGAAUUUGCUUGUACAUGUAAUUAUACAUAGCUUGUCAGAUAGUAAUGUAAUAAAUGAAAAUGGGUGUUAGAAAAAUUAAGUAAAAUUUAUUUUUGUUACUCAAACUAAUCUUUCAAAACGUAGUUAAGACAUUAGAAAAGCAAAUGUAAAAUGGCUGCCCCAACCCAUAGAAUGUCUGUAAUAGCAUGAAUGUUUAUGGAACCACUGAUAUAAUUAGAAGUAAAUAGAGUUGUGAAAUGGCGUAAGACUAUUAUAAAAUCCUAGCCAAGUAUUGAAUAUACCCGUGUUUGUUCUCGGCUCGCUCCCAUUGUGAAAAUGUGUACUUCAUUAAUCAAGCCCAAGUUGUUGUAGCCAAAACUGAUAGAAGAAAAACGCUAGACGAGGGCGUUAUGUGCUUCUAAUGGUGUUUAGGAGUUUGAGUGUAUCUGUUUAACUAUGUAGUUGUCCGUCUCUCAAUCUAGGCAGCCUGUACAUUGUUGUUGCUUUAAGAUAAGAUCAAUCAAUGAAAAUUGAUCACAUUUAUGUGUGUCAAGCACUAAAAGAAAACAC